UCUGUGGGUGUCCGUGUUUUGUAGGAAGCCGUACGGGCCGUACUGACAUUCGCUUUGUUGUUCCAAGUUUUGCCGAGCCAUCCCAUUCGCGUGCUGUGUGACAAGAAAAGCAAGCAGAGGGAUCAAGCUCGUGCGCUCGUGCAUGCGCGUGUGAAUGGUGAUCGCAAAGUGAUCGCGUCUGUCUCGCGCUCUAAAGUGGGCACCUCCGGAGCCUCCGGCGGAUGCCCCUUUUUUUUUGUCAGCUGUGCUGCAUCGGAACACUGUGACCUUGCACAGUGCGCAACGAUCAGAAAGUUUCCGUGAUGCCGUUUUUCUGUGAUUGUGAUUUGUACUGAUUUGCACUGGAAGGGUUGGAAGCAGCGCAGCAUCACAGCAGGGCGUCACAAUAUGGGUCGUUGUCAUCUGGUGUGGCAGUUAUUUGAUGGGGGCAGUGAACAAGGAGCUGCAUGGCCUCGGUUGGAGCACCCUUGUGGCUACUGCUGGUCUGAGCCGGGCGCAGCCGUCUGGUGGCCAAAAUGAGCUAGGCCAUGGCCAUCUGGCUGCUGCUGCCCAGCGGGGCCGGGUCGCUGCUGGUGCCACUUCUGCUGGCAUGUUGCUUGCCGGGCCCAGUGGCUGCCAAGCCAUCGGACACUUGCAACCGCCAUCGCAAGAUCCUCACUGCUCCCUGGGGCAUCAUCACUGAUGGCAAUGACAGCUACCGUAAUGACUCGCACUGCGAGUGGCUCAUUAGAGCUAACUCCAGCAAGCUUUACAUCACAUUGCGUUUUCAUGAAAUGGCUACAGAAUGUGCCUAUGAUCAUGUGUUUGUCUACGACGGCGACUCCUAUACUAGCCCGCUGUUGGGAACCUUCAGUGGAGAGUCUAUACCCCCACCUGUGACGGCAACAUCUGGUUCUAUGCUGAUUCUUCUCUACAGUGACACUAACUACGUCCUCAAGGGUUUUGUGGCUGAGUACUCUAUCACUCAGUGUCCAUCCAACUGCAGUGGCCAUGGCAGUUGUGGUCGUGAAUCAUGCGUUUGUGACCUCACAUGGGCAGGACCUGACUGUGGCACACCUGUCUGCCCUAGCUCCUGCCAUGCUGACCAAAGCCAGGGCAAUUGCAGCUUUCCUUGUGCCACAACAAGCUCCCCAGGGUCAACCGAGACUCCACAAUGCUGCCGCUGCUCCCAUGGUUUUGCUGGGAUCUCUUGCAGCCUGCCUGAAAACCCGAAUGACUCUGCUGCUGGUUGGCACCUCCUCUCAAGGGGCAAUGUCCCAUUUGUUGCUCGUGCAGGACACGCGGGUGUCUAUUUGCCUUUCACAGAUCAGUUCUUUGUAUUUGGGGGCCGGGCGUUUGGUCGCGUGCUGGGGGACUUUCUCGUGUACAACUUCAACGAGAGCACGUGGCACGACUUGACCAUUGUGAAGCCACGACCUGCAGCCCGCUGGGGCCAUGCCAUGGCUCCUUACGCGCACACCAUUGCUCUUCAUGGUGGUGAGCUUGCCAAUGGGAGCCUUUCAUCUGAGCUGUGGCUCUACAAUGUUGCCAAAAGGGAGUGGACACUUGAGUUGCCUUCACCUGCUGGCCAAUACCCACCUGCUGUUGCACUGCACACAUUGACUCCUGGUGAUGGCAAUCACCUAUAUGUCUUUGGUGGUAGGACAGCUGGGGGUGUGUUCUCAGAUGCACUGUAUCGAGUGAAUCCACGAAAUGGUACCCAGUGGGAGCGUGUGAGUUAUGUAGGUUCUGUGCCUCCUUCAGUUGGCCAUGCUGCAGUGUUUCAUGCCGAGUCAAGAUCUCUGCUGGUGCACGGUGGUGUGGUGGUGGACUAUGCACGCUUCAGCAAGCUGAGCUCAGCACUGUGGGCCUUUCAUGUGGAUGCCAAUCGAUGGACACGUCUUCAACGAACACCUCUUGGUGGUGAAGCACCCACAGAGCGGGCAUUUCAUGCAGCAGCCCUUGUAGGUGGCUACAUGGUCCUCUUCGGGGGUUAUAUGCACAAGCACUCAUUUGAGGAAAAGUGCUUUGAUGACGGCAUCUACUUGUACCACUUGCGCUGCCACAAGUGGGUCUCGUUCAAGCUUGUCGCGGGGGACCUUCUUGGUCAUGGCCACGGUGAUCGAUGUCCUGGUGUGUACUCUCAUGUGAUGGCUCUCCGUCGUGGUCACACUCUCCUGGUAUUGGGAGGCUACCGAGGAGUCAUGUCCUCUGACCUCUGGGCUUUUCUCUUACCGACAACUAUUACACAUGCUUAUUCAGAUUCAGCCUCUGGAGCCUGCAUUCGCCAUAGAUUUGAGACUGCUUGCCAGGCCAACCCUGCCUGUGCCUGGUGUGGCGGCUCUGGUGUCUGUCUCGACCGAAGAAAAGUCAAGGAUUGCCGUUCUGGUAACUUCCGCCCGGGUAGCUGCCCUGGCUUAUGUGCAGCUCUGGGUGAUUGUCAAAGCUGCAUGAUCUGGGGUGGCCAUAACAGCAUGCCUGUGGGAAGCAAUGAACUCCGGGGUCUCACUGCCAAGGCUACUUUUCCACAGGCCUGUGGGUGGUGUGUUGAGGCAUCAGCCUGCCAUCCCAUUCAUGAGCCUCCUGGAGUAUGUCGUCCUCCCCAUGAUGGUCGCCUCUCAGCAGAGCAAGCAGGCUUCUGGGGUCCGCAUGGCCAAAUUGUGGCCUCCUUGCAUGAAUGCCGCACAUUUGACUUUCGGCCAGGCCUUUUUCUCCUGCAGUACAGGAAUCCAGUCAACCUCUCUCAACCAGAUCAGGUGUCGUACGUGAACAACAGUAGCCAGCAUCUGAUGUUCACCUCCGAGUACCAAGAUGAACAGGAAGGAGGCGGAGAGCACGUGGCACGCCUACUGGGCUUUCUGCACCCUCGGGGAGCCCUGCCCCCAUCGGGGGAGCCGCUGCGCCUCUUCCUUGACAUCAAUGGAGGACGUGCUGCACUGCGCUUGGGCCAAGCUGGAAGCACCCGCCUCGAAGACACUGAGCUGGUGGCACAGCUGAGUGCACACAGCUACAAUCGAACAGAGGCAAAACGCCCGAGUGGCCAGCCACUCCUGCUACCAUCAACAGCAGCGCGGGAGCUACGUUACCUUCUCGAUCUCUCUUUACAUGCACCAGCCAAGUACUGCACCAAACACUGCGAUCGCAACUUAGAUCUACGAUGGAAUGCUCGUGACUCUCAUCAGGUAAUAUCCAGCAAGCACCUGGAACCGUAUCGCAAUGGGACCCAGUGCCCUUCACGUGGCACAUGCCUGGCAUGCCUGAGUGAUGCUGGCUGCGGCUGGUGCCCAUCAGCUCCGGCUUGCGUGCCACGGCAGCCAACGUCACCACCUACGGCCAAGGGAGCAGCACCGUGUGCCCCGGGGAGCACACAGCUCUUGGUCUUGGAACCACACCACUGCCCCACCUGCUCAGGGUUCAUCUAUUGUCACGACUGUGUCCAGGAUCCAUUCUGUGAGUGGAUUGUGGAAGGAGCCUUCUGUGUACGUCGGGGCCGCCACAGUUCGGCUGUUAGGCAUCCAGAUCUGUGCCCAACUCCAUGUCACCUGCGAAGAGGAUGCAUUUCAUGUCUAGGGGACCCUGGGCGGUGUGCUUGGUGUCGAGAGACGCAGAGCUGCUUCCUCUUCUCCACAUACACUACCUCCUUCAUGUACGGUGGCUGUCGUGAGUGGGUUGAUGAGGACCACGGAAGUCCCAAAGGAGCAACAUUCCCAGGAGCACAGUGUCCCAAUUGCUCAGCAUUUAAGGACUGUGCUGGUUGCCUGCAGAAGCUGGGCUGCGGUUGGUGUGGCAAUGACUACAACCCAAACAAUGGGGUCUGUGUGGAGGGAGACUUCUCUGGACCUUACCUGGGCACUUGCUCAGAGCGUGUACGCAAGCAGUUUCCUUCGCUGGGGGGCCCCCGGGAAGCAUCAUGGUCUUACGCCCAGUGCCCUAAUGUGAACGAGUGCAAGCUCAAGCUGGCACGCUGCCACCCAGAUGCUACCUGUUACGACACUGCCCAUAGCUAUCGAUGCCAAUGCAACCGGGGCUUCAAAGGCGAUGGCACCAUGACAUGUGUUAAGACGUGUGCUGAGCAUUGUGCUCAUGGUCAUUGUUCGGAGGCGCCUGAUUUUCGGUGUAUCUGCCACUUGGGCUGGACAGGACCAAGAUGUGAUGUUGACUGUGGCUGCCACAACCACAGCAGCUGUGAGCGUGGAGUGGGGCUUUGUGAUAGUUGCCACAACCUCACUGAGGGAGACCAUUGCCACCUCUGCAGGAAAGGGAGCUUUGGGAAUGCCACCAGUCCUUUCGGCUGCCGUAAGUGUGCCUGCAAUAAACAUGGCGAUGCGACACGAGGCACAUGCGACUCAAGCACAGGGGAUUGCUACUGCCUACACAACACCCAUGGGAAACAUUGCGAGUCUUGCCAGCCAGGGUACUUCGGUGAUCCCAGGAAUGGAGGCCGCUGCUACAUAGACUGCAGUCCCAAGCGUGUUGUGUACGUGGAGCCAGAUGGAGGUGGACUGGGUGUGCCAGAAAUGGAGGGUCCAGUGGAGGCCCGCCACUGUCUAUGGAUCCUCACCAGUACUCCAACCAACCGAAGCAAUACUCUCUCUAUGCAACCAGGAGCUACCUUGGAGUUAACACUGCUUCCAAACCUGAGGGUUCCAUGCCCUGAAAAUCAUAUCUAUGUUUACUCGGGGGUUCCACCUUUUGUGCUUUCUGCUGUACGUGGCAGUGAAGAAAGUGUGCUGCUGGGAGCAUUUUGUGGUACCAACCUGACAGCAAACAUCACACUGGUGUCACCAACGGGCUGGCUGUCGGUGUACUUUCGGCGUGGCCGCUUGCCCCAAGGGUUCAGCGCUAGUUUUCGUCGCCUGGACUGCCCCAGUGCAUGCAUGUUUGAACAGCAACACCACUGCAGCCACAGUGGAGAGUGCGUGUGUGGCCGUGGCUAUGUUGGCAGCCACUGCCAGGUGGCCAGCUGCCCCAACGAGUGCUCAGCCAGCCAGCACCAUGGCCUCUGCGAAAAGGGUUAUCGGCUCUGCCACUGUGGAGACCAGUAUGGGGGUGCUGACUGUGGCCACGCUCUGGUGCCAGGACAAGUGUCGUGGAGCCUUCUGUUUGAGCUGGAACGACUCACUGGGCAGGUUCAAGGGGGCAGUAUAGGCGGUGCCACUGAGCUGCCCCACUCACGCCUGGGCCACUCACUCCUCUCUCUUGAGCCCAACCAAUUGUGGCUGUUUGGCGGCAUGGACCCUGCACGGGGUGACAGUGAUGAACUUUAUGUAUAUGACCUCGACUUUGAUCGUUGGAAAAAGCUUAACGUGUCACGUGACAUGGGCCAAGCUCCAACGGCCCGUCGGUUCCACGGAGCUGCUAUGGUGGCUGGCAGCAUGUACAUAUUCGGUGGGCUCAAUGCCACUGGUGUACUGGGUGACUUCUGGAAAUUUGCGACAGACUUCUACACAUGGACUCGUGUUCCGACGACUCCAGAUGUGCCAGCUUUAGCAGGCCUAACACUGACCAACGUGGACAACCAGCAACUGGUGCUCAUAGGAGGGUUUUCGCCUGAGUAUGGAUUUCAGGACAAAACACUUGCCUACAGCAUUGACGCUAUGGACUGGCGGGUCCUCAAUACUACAGGCACUGUCCCCAUUGGUGUAUACGGACAUACCAGCAACUACCAUCGACCAACGCAGAGCAUCUAUGUAUUUGGAGGCAUUGUGUACUCAGUAGACCGCCCACUGGUAUCGGACCACCUGUACGUGCUGCACAUGCCAAGCCGCCGCUGGUCUCGCCUGCCACCUGACGAUCGUGCCAACCCAGCAUACUCUAGGAUAUCUCCUCGCUACUUCCAUGCUUCAGCCUCCACUGAAAACUCUUUGUUUAUCCUGGGUGGCCGCAAUGGUUCUGGAGAGGCAAUCUUGGAGCCAUUUGCCUAUGACUUCAGUUGCAACCACUGGAUCCCACUUGAUGGACCAUAUGUACAAUUAGUUGGUGAGCAGCCUGCGGCCCUGGUGGGUGCCUCAGCAACCCUUCUCCAAGGCAAACUGUACAUACUAGGUGGAACAUCAGUGCGGCUGCAGCGUGUGACCCUUCCCCGGGAUUUGUGUGCCCUCUUCUCGCACAGCCGGCUUGGAUGUCUGCGCUCUGUUGGUUGUUCGUACUGCUCUGUCCAAGAUGCCCAGGGAAACAUCACUCACUGCUACUCCAGUGCCAGGGCAGUCCCAGCCAGCUGCAUUCAUCAUCGAGGAGGAACGUUGGAGGUGGCUCAAGGCAAAGUCUGUGAUGCAGAUUGGCUUGGGAACCGCACCUGUUACCAGUACAACAACUGUGAGGAUUGUGUGGCCUCAUGGCCAGCGCAUCCCAGCGUACAGCACACAUGCCAAUGGUGCACAGGCUGCCGUAAGGGCCGCUGCUUCAGGGCAGGGGAGUCAUCAUGUGAGAAGCCCAUUGGCUGUGAUGGGCCCAGACACCCACUUGUUUCAGACCCUGCUCAGUGUCCACUUCGUUCUUGCCUUGCCUCAGAGUGUGAGAAGUGCAGAGAUCUUGGGUCUUGCAUGUGGACUCGGCAGGUGGUUCGUUCAAGUGAACUUGGCCACACAGUUAACGUUCGUCCAAUCUUUGACUGGACCUGUGUGGGGAGAACACUGAAGGAUGCGUCGAGUUUCCCGGUGGAGUCAAAUCCUCCACGACCCUGCCCCAAGCGCUGCAGCCAGCACACAUCUUGCACUGAGUGCCUUGCCAGUGCAGGAGGCGAAGGUGGCUGGCACGAAUGUCGCUGGAGCUCUGCCCUGGCUGAAUGCAUGACUCCUAGCUACGUGGGCCUGCGGUGUGAAGGAGGGGCCUGCGGACAGGUUCUCGGUGGGUCUGUGGAAGCGUGCGGGGUGCCGUGCCAUGUACACGGCCAGGCGGCCCAUUGCCUGCGUGAUCCACGGUGUGGCUGGUGUGGUCUCCGUGCCCCAGGUGCCAAUGGAAGGGGCCUCUGCAUGCGUGGGGGACAUAGGGGACCUACGGGUGGUUCUUGUGGGCCAGCCUCUGUCUUCUUGCAUGGCCAUCCUUUGCCUGCCAAUGUAUCCCACUGGCUUCAGACACUCGGGAGCGAAGUGUACUGGUACUACUUUGUGCGGCCUCCUGAGAAUGAGUGCACCAACGGACACCACACCUGUGAUGCCGAGAGGGAGGAGUGUGUUGAUACACCUGAUGGCUUUGAGUGCAUCUGCAAGCAAGGUUAUGCCAUCAGCAGCAACAGCACCAGUGCUGUCACUGGUGGCAGUGCUGGAAGCCCAAUGUGUGAGCCUGUCUGUCCUGAAGGAUGCGACCAGGGCCAGUGUGUGCGACCAAAUGAGUGCAAGUGCAGCUUUGGCUAUGUUGGGCGCAACUGCUCCAUACUCUGCCACUGCAACGGUCACAGCGACUGUGCCGGCCCUGACCACCUUGAUGUUUGCACAAAGUGCCACAACCACACAAAGGGCCCCCAGUGCAGCCACUGUGAACCUUUCUACGUGGGUAACCCCGCCAAGGGAGGCCGCUGUGUGCCAUGCCUUGAGUACUGCAACCAACAUACAAAUAUCUGCGUUGAGGCAGGGCAAUUGGACUUCAAUGAAUCUGCUGGCAACCUUUCACCUGCUGAAUUCCUGGAGUCAUUCAAGCAGAUUGAGCAUGGUCCACUGGAGUUAGCUGUGUGUCGUUUCUGCCAGAACAACACAAUGGGUGCUCAGUGUGAGGAAUGCGUCGAGGGCUACUUCGUUGUGGGCAAGGACAUCGCUCGUGGCUGUCGACCGUGCGAAUGCCAUGGGCAUGGGGACACCUGUGACCGGCGUACAGGUGAAAACUGCAACUGCAAGAACAACACGGAAAAUGACCGCCAGUGUAGCCAAAAGAGUGGCAAGAACAGUGCCAGCCCCUGCUGGAACCUCCAGUGCUCCAAGUGCAAGGAGAAUUUUCAAGGUGUUCCUACUAACGGACACCAGUGCUAUCGUCACAUGCGUCUCGAGCAGGACUAUUGCUUGGACCCAGAGACACAGGAGUGCAGUCCAGACCCAAACCUGCUGCCUCAGGGUCGCACCAUGUUCUUCGUUGUUCAACCUCGCUACAUGAAUGUUGACAUUCGAGUCAUUAUGGACAUUACCUCAGGUGCAGCUGAUUUAUAUCUAUCAGCUAAAGAAGACACCUUUGUCGUCGAAGUCAACCGCACAACUGGCACACAUGUAGUAUCAGUUGAUCGGAAGUAUGGCGUCGGCUUAACUGGAGACUUCACAGCAAACGCAGCAGUUCCAGCUGCAGCUUCGCUCCGUAAUGGUACCGAUGCCCCUUGGCUUUUGCGACCUCGCCAUGCCACACCUGCAGGACUAGCCACCUACGUCACAGUGAGGGACCCGCGUGAGUUCCUGUUGGUUCACAAUCUUCAGCACCGUCUUGUUGUUACUGUGCCUCAGAAUGUGUAUGACUUACGAAGCACGCGGCUCUACCUCGUUAUCUCAGGGGCUAGUGAAGUACCCACACGUGGAAGCCUUUUCUUCCGUCAGGACCAGACACGCAUUGAUCUCUUUGUCUUCUUUUCCGUAUUCUUUUCUUGCUUCUUCCUGUUCCUGGCAGCCUGUGUUGUGGUGUGGAAGGUGAAGCGUGCUUUUGACAUCCGCCGAGCUCGUCGUUUGCAUGCAGCGCAAAUGGAACACAUGGCACGGCGGCCAUUUGCAAAGGUGUGCCUGUCUAUUUUGGAUGAAGAGGAGAGUGGUGACAGCUUUCGGUCACCAUUACGUAAAAAACCUCAACGUCGCACCCUCAGGGACUCCCCUAAGGGUGUCCCAGCGCCUUGUGGAUCAGUGCGGCCAGUUGCUGUGGAACCCACGGGUGAUGGUGCAGCAGCAGUGACUACAUUAAUGGUGCAACUUCCUGGAGGACUGAGUGCGCCAGUGCGACUUGCGCUUGCUUCUGCAUUGGUGGCUGUGCGUUCUGGGGGCGGGGGUGCAGCAGGUGGCAUCCGAGCUGCCAUGAGACGGAGGACAAGCCACAUAAACUUGUGAUAUUGGACAUGCUGUAAUGUUCUUUAUUGGAAUGUUAUGCACUGAACUCAUUUGGCUGGAUAGUAGUGGUGCAGUGAGUUCAGGCCAUGUUGCAGCCUGAACUUUGAAUCCAGCUCAAGUGUGUGCUGUGGCUGUUGUGACCAGUGCCAGCCCCUUUCUUACACCUGCUUUGUCUUUGAGAGGACUAUUAAGACACUUUUUUGUAGAGAGUGGUAUUUAAAAAGGUGAUCUUGGAUUUGGGGCAGCAGCUUUUGGGCAUAGACUGCCUGUAGAUAAUUGCAGUGCUUUCUCUUGGGCUUGUAGUCUAGCACUUGUUUCUUUGUACUAUUGGCCCCAUCUGCAGGAUCGAGUCUUAGAAGGCCACUAUCAACUGCACACCUACAACAGCACUGCUGAAGAUUUGAAAUGUUCCUGUUCACCAGCCACAAAGACAAUGUUUUACUCGUAGCGUGCACACCAUACGUCCGCCUAACUCAACAAACAUGACUAGACAUAGUUGCAAAUCUAAAAUUUUAGUCAGUUCAUCAAUGACAUGAAAAGUCACAAUAGCAGUGCCUCAGCUGCAAUCUUCUGCUUUGACCUCAAGCAUUUGAGAAAUCAGGUGCUCAUGUUCUUUGCCAUAUCUUAGUUAAGUUUUAUAAUUGCUUCCUGCAUCUUCAGGCCACAAUGCAUGUCAUGUAUUUACACAUCUAUUCAUUUUCUUCUAAUUUUUAGUGACAAACGUCGUAAAAGUUUAAUUCAAUAUAUAUUUUACCUGGCAUUGAGUGUUCAGCGACCUCUCACUUUAUAAUUGCAUACUUCACAAUAGCUUACCCUAAUUAGACUUGUAUGUGAUCUGCUGUGUAGUACUAGCUUCUGGGGCAGAUUCCAAAACCAAGCUUUAUUUUAUGAAAGGUCCUAAAGGCCUUUCACCAGCCAUCAUUUUUUUAUUACUCAGUUCAUGCGCAAGUAUUGAACUUUGCUUUUGCAUACUUUGUUUGAUUACACCGUGUUUCUCUAAUGGUUAUAUAAGUAAUCAAGAACUUAAUGUCAUCUGUGCUGAAUGUUUCAGAGGGAGAUAAGUACAACUGCAUAGUGGUUGCCUCACAACAUAUUUGGCCAUGUUUUGCACGCUAUGUUUGGUGCCAAAAUUUUCAUGUCUUUAACCUGCAGUAGCCUAUUUGAUGUCCCUGCAACCUUAUUCCAUUCAUUCUUCACGAUAAUCAGGUAUGGACGGAUUCUUGACCAGUGCAUGGGAAACAAGCUAAGAGCUGUCAGCAAGCGGAAUCUUUCACUGCAAAUGCGGCAAAUUCUUGCGCUUUAUUUUUUUAUUAUUUAUUUAAUUAUUAUAUAUUUUUUUUCACUUACUUUUAUUAGCCCUGUAGCUCAAUAAUUCAAUCUCGUGCAUGAAAGCUGCUUUAGAAUCUAUGCGAAUUUAACUGGUAUUUUCAUGAUUGAGCCAUGAGGAAUGGUUUGUAGCACUAUUGGCCUAUACUGAGUAUACCAAUCUGAUGUUCCCCAUUUCAAGAAUCUUUUAUGCAAGUCCAGUGUGUCUCUAUAAACAAAGUAAAUUAGCAAUGGAUGCAAGAAAUUUUUUUUAAUUUUUUUUUGCUAAUACAAGUGUCCUCUGUCCCAUGCAUGAAAAAUACAGCAUACAUCAAGCUGGUUAUCAAGCUCCUGAUGAAUUGUUUUGAACACUUGUUGUCACUAUCUGUGAUAACUGCUAUGCUAAUGUACACCUGCCUUUCAUGCUGGGUCAUUGCACAUGAAGUUGUAGGGGGGGGGGGGGGGGGCAUACAAUUCUUGUGAAUGUGUACCACUGGUUCUGCCUACCUAAUUUUUUUUUUUUUUUUUUUUUGGAAAUGAACUUACUCUACUGAGAUUGUGCUUACUGUUUCUGUAUUGGUUUUUCAUCACAUAUACGUACUUAAGCCUUGCUCUAAAGUGUUCUGACAUGCUUUCUGCAAACUUGCUUAUAUGACAAUCAAGUACGAAGAAUGCUGCCUGCUAUUUCCAUUCUUCCAUAUCACGAGCGCAGGCAGCCCAGAGCCAACAGCAUUGAAUACAGCGAUGAUGCAAUUGUCUUUAACACGUGCUCUUGCAACUACGAGCACUCAUUAUGAUUAGUGUAGCGCACCAUUUGAAAUCAGGAACAUCAUUUUGGCUUACCUUACUCUUGCUGGAGUGAGCACCUGGCUGCCAUCCUGGUCGUGUUGCAUUAGUGAGAUAACAUUAUUUAAGUCUCUGGAGUUUGUUUUACUUGGCUUAAAAAGGGGAAAGGAAAAAGGACUCUUCAUUUAUAUGUGUUGACUGUGCUUUAAUGUAAGGUUCACUAAUGAACAUUCUCUCUGUCUUUUGUUUCCCUGAAAAAAGGAACUUGCCGUUUUUGUCAGUGCAUCAUGAUGAAAACCUUUCUUUCUUUCUAUAUGUUACUCUCACUGUUCAUGCUUUUCAAGUCCAUUGCAACCUCAGGCUGUUCAGCAAUUGUCUUCAGGUACCAUUUAAAAAGUCUUUUUUUACUCAUGAUUUUCAAGGCCCUAGCUUUUACCUCUAAUAUUCAUGUGGACGAAACAAUCUUUACAAUCUACACUAAUGUGACAAGUAUGCAAUGCAUUAUAGCCUAGUGCGCAACACUCAGCUCUGGCUCAGGCUUGUUUAUAAUCACCUAUCUAGAAAGGACUUCAGGAUUCAUUAUGGGACUCUUUCCCAAUUUCCUGUUCAGCAUGAACACUUAGUGAGACCAGAGUAAAGCCGAGUUGAACUUUUUUUCCAACCUUCUUGUCGUAUAUUUUACUUCUAAUGAUCAAAGUUAUUUGGCAUGAUGUACAGCUGGAGCAGAAAUUAGAGUAGCAUAGUUUUGUUGCCCAACUGCAUUUGCCUUCAAGCCAGUGGAAACCAGACCACAUAUUUGGUGUGCUCAUAUGUGGCAUUAGCACUCAUGUGGGCUCAUGUGAACAUGUCAUAUCUACGAUUUUUACUGAAUUACUCAUAAGUGCAGUUCCACCAAAUCACUGUGCUGUUUACUUUUUGCACUGCUUGUAGAUUACAUGAUGCAGUCCUUUGUUCUGAAAUGUACAAUGUGUCUUUUGUCCAUUUCCAUUUUGUGCAAUUAACAUGGAAUACAGUUAAACCUGUAUGUUAUCUCAUUUCAGCUGGGUCAGUGCAAAUGCUUUAGCUGCAAUGUAGGUAUUGUUUUCACUGUUUGCUUGUUAUUCCAAUCAUUUGUUUUUCUUUGCAAUAUGCUGUGCAAGUGUUAUUCCUUUUUUUUAAGCUUCUGUCAUGGCUCAAAACAGCUACAGUUCCUAGUGCGAUGCUUUUUCCAGCAUGUUUACAAUGUCAGAAUAGUUCUGGCCUUUGUUGUGAGGAGGUCUCAUACUAUUAUCUGUGUGUGUUGCUAUUUGCAUUGCAGUGCCAAAAAAGUGUGUAUUUCAUUGUACGGUGUAGUGUUUUAAUGUUUCCUUUUUAUACUUUUACUUUUUGAUUGCUAAAAGCAAACUGGGCAGAAUAACACUGAUUUCACUAGAAGUCGGAAGACACUGCGGUGGCAGAGCUCGCCUUUACAUUCACUUGUGCUACAGCAUAAGCAAAUAAUUAUUAUAAUCUUGCUGCUGAUUGCGUGACGUACGGGUGCAGUGGAACGAGCGACAGGCAUGUUUUUACAGUUUGCUGUGUUGUGUUAAUAUGAUGGUUGUACUCUUCUGGUCUUGGUCUUGUGAGGAGCACACUGUCUCAUAGCACUGUGUAAAGUUCAGGCCAUUAUACACGGUAUAAUAUUUGCAUCAGAUUUUACACAUUUGUUUAUACUUCUUAACCAAAUCAUCACAAAUCUGCAAAAAUAUUCGUCCGUAGCAUAGAAAUUAUAUUCUCAUGACCUGGACUUGCUAUUGUAUGUUAAUAUGUCUAAAAGGCAACAAAGCACACAUAGCGCGCAUCAACAGAAGACUUUGAAAAGACAUUGCAUUCAUACAUUUCAUCUUAGCUGCUCAACAAAAGUGUGUGCGCACGUGCAUCAGUGUGCUGUUGAAUUUUAAAAUUUUGUUAAACAGUGCUGUAAAAAAAGUGAAAGUGAAUUUACAGUGCAAAUUUUCUGAAUCUACUUAAAUGAUCUCAGAGUAUGCAACUUCAGUGUAAAGUGUGCUUUCCUUGUAAUACAUUGCAUCAUUAGCACCUUGUUCUAACAAAGUAUGGUAAAGUGCAGGUCUCCUUGGGUGUCACAGAUGCUGUCAUUCUAGCUUUACUAAGGACGUAAAGGUUUUAGCUGAUUGCUUGGUGAAAUAUCUUGUUUAAAAUACUUGUUAGCAUUACGACUAUUGGCUGACGUUAUAUUGGUCAUUCCACACCAACUCUACCAACCUUGGUGCUUGAUCAUCUGUGAUUUCUUUACAAAAAUUUUAGGUGCUUCAAGUAUAACGCGAAAAGUCAUUUCAUAAAAUAUUUUUCUUGAACAACAUUUUUCACCAGCUCGAGCACCACUCAAGCUCUCUCGUAAGGCACGAAAGUAUGUACCAUAAAAGGCAUUACCAUAAACUCCAAACUAAUAAUAAACACUUAAUUUUCUCAGGAGAAUGAAGAUAGAUCUGACACCUAAAAUUAUAUAAAGCGAUUUUCAGCCAUUCCUGCAUUUUUUUAUAAGCCGUUAAAUUUGGGGAAAUUAGUCCAUAUUUGGGAUUUUUUUUCAAUAAAAUGGCUAAAAGCAGUGGGAGGCAAUUUUUUAAAAAGAGUUCUCGCUUAAACAAACAGCAAUUUGAUAAAGCUUUCUCAGUUUAAAAAGAGAUACAUAUAUCUGCCUAAAAAUAUCUUUUGCGUAAAGUACAGCUCCUAGACACUUGUAUAAAAUUUUGGUUUUUAUAUGAAGCCAGUUCAUUGGAAAAAAAUCCCAAAUAUAGACCAAAUUUCCCAAUUUUAACGGCGUAUAAAAAUGGAGGAUUGGCUAAAAAUCACUGAAUGCAAUUUUAGGUGUAAGACCUAUCGGUCUCCUGAGAAAAAUAAGUGUUUAUAUUUAUUAUUGGAAUGUAGUUUUUGGCAGUGCCUUUUAUGGCGCGUACUUUCGUGCUUUACGAGAAAGUUCCGGUGGUGCUUGAACUGGUGCAAAAAUUUUUUCAGGAAAAAUAUUUCUAGGAAUGACUUUUUGUGUUGUACACAAGUGGCUGAAAUUUUUAGAAAGAAAUCGCAGAUGGUCUAGCGCCAACAUUAGCCCAGUUGGUAUGGAAUGAUUCAUAAAGGGAUUGGAACAAAGCUGAACCUAAGGGGCAUAAUUGUUAUUUCAAUUCUGCGAGAGACAAGUGAAUCGUCAUAGAUCACGUAUAACCUGUACAAAAAUUUACAUUGUCACUGAACCUAAGAUUCUGAAACAUGUGGUGACAAACUAUGGAAUAACUUGGCACUAGUUUACAGUAUCUUGAAUGCAUAGUUAGGCCAUGUCUUUAUGUUUAGUGAAUUUUGUAUAACAUUUCAUAAGUUAAAGAAUUACAUUACGAGGUCUGGUGUUAUGCAGGCUUCAAAAUUGCAGACAGCUAUAGGAUUAGGUUGCAUGUGGCACGGAUGAUUUCUUUUUCUGCAAGAUCAUCUUAGUGGUAGAACCUCAGGAAGUUUAGUGCAUGAAUGGCAAUGCAAGUGACAAAAACAUUUGAUUGCUUUUUUUAACCUUAUAUUUAGGCUAAACUUUGAUCAUGCAGCAUAGGUAAUGACAGUAUUUCUUCUUCUAACAGCCAGAAAGCUUGUGCCUGUUGCAAGGGUUGUCAUUGUACCUAUUAAUUACACUGUACAUUAAUAGCAGAGUACCGAAUGUGUUCAGGAUUGUUGGCAACACCAUUUAAAAACCAGUCUCUAUUCUUGAACCUUGGCAAGAAGACAAACAGUGUGGCAUUUACUUCCUCGCAUGGUGCGCAGAAUAAUUUUUUUUUAAAUGAAUUAUAUCUAAGACACUUUUAAAAUCUUGCAGUGAGUUUAAUUUCAAUGCACCCUUGGGUGUAUAACUUUUGUUUUAUAAAUUUAAAAGUUGCUUAAUAACAAAAUGUCACAGAGCCAAUUGUCAUCAGCAAGGUGCAAAUCAAACUGGACUAACACUUUGUUGUAUUCGAGCAGCUGCUCUGCAGUUUUAUGUUCUUUUACAUCAUUUAAUUAUUGACUCACUGAGCAUUAGAAUAGAUUUUUCACAGAGUUAAACUGGGCAGUCUGCAUUCACUCUGUAGGUGAUCGCAGUGGCCCAGCCUUCAUGCUAGAAUAUGUGCCACUUGUACAUAUUACCUCUACUGUUUGCACAUUUUGCUAUAGAAUACUCUCCGUCCUCGAAAUGUCCCAUCACGAGGUAAUGCUGAUAGCAAAUUAGAAGACGAAGGAAACUGAAAUUUUAGGACUAUUUAUCACUGAAAUGUGCACCUUGUGCUGUGGUAGAUUAUCAAUUAUUUUCACAGAUAUUGUACAAAUAUUCAAAGGUCACUUCACUUUAUGUUAAUUGGGGAAAAUGUGGGUUAGCUUAUGGAAAUAUAUUUUUUCCAGAUGUGUGAAUGCUGUGAAUGUUGCAGCAUAGCAAAAGCAGAACGCAAUACACAAGAAUCUCGCAGUGAACAUCGGAAAGUAGAAGCAAUAAAGGAAGUUAAUGAACCUUA